UCAGGUGACGCCUCUGUGCGCAUGUGAGCAAAAAAGCAUCACAUUCCGGCGAUGUCUUGCAAGCAGAAAAGAGAUAGAACUUUGUUUUUAUUUGUGGUAACGCUUUAUUUUUACACGUCUCGAGUUUGUCAGUCGGUGAGUUUAGGACACUGGGGGGAUGAGUCGACAGCGACCAGGUGGGAAAAGACCAAACAACUUAAGGACGUUCAGCAGGAAAAGUGGCACCUGGUUGAAGAGGUUAUCCGGGGCGCGGAUCUGCGCAAAACCAUCCAGCCGGGUCUCCAGGGUUUUCGUCCUGAAUCUGCUCCCUUUCCCGGGGAGCCACUUCCAUAUAUCACUGUACCGAAACUUGAUGAAACUAGCAGCAGUUCUGCACCCAGCAGCUUGUCUUGGACAUUUGGUAACAUCAGCACCGAGCGAAGGGCCCCAGCUUCAGACUACAAGGACGGAUAUCAAGCAGAUUUUACAGGUUUCCAUGGAGUCCAGGGGAAGGUUUUGGGUCCAACAUUUGACUCCAGUCCACAUUUGUCUGAGUGGCUGGCUAUGAGGCCUUUGGUUCAGUGUGAUGAAAAUGUCAUGACCUUCACUGCCUCAGGACAAGGACUGACACAUCUGUUAGUGGACAGAGAGGGCGCGUCCCCCAUCUCCCUCUUCCAGUUACCUCCAUACUGCAGGUACUCAGUGAGGACGUCAUGGAGUGACCUUGAGAUGAUGGUGCCUUAUGAUGCAUGUUACAUUACUCAGGAGAAUGGCAGUUAUGUGUUGCCCAUGUUGUGGUGGGGCAGCCCUCUAAAGCUUUCCUGCCCGGUGCUGAUGUCCACUCCUGCCCCCUCUCUCUCCCUCUCUGCCCCCUCAGUCUUCUGCUCCCCCUAUGGCAUGGCGGUGCAGAUUCAUGGACAGGAGCAGGAUAUACCACUGCUGGGAGUCGUAGUGAAUGGAGGCUGGGGUCCAUUUGUAUCUGAAGAGUGUGCGUAUCGUGUCCACUCUGAACCUGAUGAGCUCACCUUCUUCAUCUUCUACACUGCUUCUUGUAUCACUAACAGAGAAGGACUGCAUCUCCAUCUUAUAUUAGAUGAUCAGGAAUACAUCCUCUCCUGUCCAGUCAGUCCUCAGUUUCCCUACGUCCCAAAUCCUGUUAGCCCUGCACCCAGUUCCCCUCCUCCUCCCCCUCCUCAACCUCCGACCACGGAGCAGGUUGCUCAACUUCCAGACUACCCCUAUGACCCAUACCCUGGGCUCCAGUACCCCCAGCUUCCCCAGGUCUACCCUCCUGGUGCACAACCUGUCCGCCCCCACCAGCCCACUCCAGGCAGUCCUCCUGGACCCCAGCCCCAGCAGCAGCAGGAGCAGUUAUCCCUCAAUCCCAUGGGGCCUGGCAAGUUCCCCUACUCUCCUGGAGAGCACCCAAAAUACCCUUCCCCUCCUUACCAGCCGUCUGUGGUGGUACAAGCUACAUCUGCCCCAAAUCUUAGCCCAGAGCAGGAUAGUUAUUCCCAUCAAGUUUCUAAAUUACCUCUUGGCCCUUCCCAGUAUCCAUCUGCUCUGUAUUACCCCCAUGUGCCAUUCUACUACCCUGCAGUCCCUACAGCUCCGACCCCUAUGACUCAAAAAACUACCACUACCACUGUUCCUCCAGCUACCCUGCCACCCAGACCUCCAGCACAUCCUUACUACCCUCAGUAUCAUCUUCAAGUGCCUUACUAUCCUGCACCCACUGCAGCAUCAGUGACUCAAGCACCUGCUCCUCUCCCUCCCAGCUCAUCUUCCUCCCCUCCCCCCUCUCCACCAAAACAGCCUGUUGGUCCACAGUACCAAGUCGGUCCUUUUUAUCCACCCAGUUUCUAUGGCUCUUAUUAUCCUUAUGGGCCAGUUUCAUACAUAAAACCUGGUGUUGAGGUGCAGCCGCCGUCUGCUUCACAUCCUACUACCGCUCCACCCCCUACCACUAAUAUGAUGGCUCCCAAACAACCCGUCAGUCCCAGCUAUCCCUCUGGCCAUUUUUACCCCCAAGGACCCAUUUACUUCCCUCCACCCACACCUCCACCGCCUGCCAAAGAGAAACCUCAAACCAUUCCUCAGGAACCUCAGACACCAGUGGAUCCACAGCCCACCUGCCCCCCUUACACUCACACCAUUUGUAGCUACUACUCUUACCCCUACCAUCCCUAUUAUCAUCAUCCUUUCUACCCUCCACACUACCACCCACCUUAUCCUCCUGUGCCUCAGUAUCCAGAGAUUCAACCACCAAUGACCACAAAAAACCCACCACUACCACAAAAAACCCACCACUACUACUACUACUCCAACUCCCACCACCACAACUACGACAGUACCCGCUACACAGAUGCCUCGUCUCCAGUGUCUGAUGGGGAGGAUGGUUGUCUUCCUGCCUUUUGCUCACCCAGACUCCAUCCAGGUCAGAGACCAAAUGAAGACAUGGCUGUUCCUCUCCAGUGUGUCUCCACUGUGUGGGUACAUGCUGCAGAUGGCUGAGGGCUCUGGGGUAAUCCUUCACUCUCCUCUGCCUGCCUGCCACAGCCAGUCACGGACUCCCACAACCAUUUCCUUACCUCUGAGGUUUUGGGACUUGUCCAUGGCACAGUAUAGGACUCUGGAUCUGCAAUGCCCGUAUAAAAGUACCCCUGAAAUUCCUGCACCAGUUACCCUACCUGUCUCCCCUACCCCACCCAGCACCACCUUCUCUCCUGUCCCGAAGCCUAGAGUCAUCUGCUCCGCCCAUCAGAUGACUGUGGAGCUCCCUUCUGGUCCCAUCUCUGGAAUUCUCA